UCAUUUGUUAUUUCCGGUUCCGUUUAUUUUUAUCACAUUAGAAUUAGAUCUAAAGUCAUAUUUACAUGCUUCUGGAAGUUCUGCUAGCUUGUUGGAGUAUCUUUUAAAAAUCUAGAAAAGAAUUUAAAUUCGAAUAAGUGGAAUCUAACCACUGCUUAAGUUGAAAGUUGGCUUAACCAGUUACUGACAGUACUUACACUCAGACUCAAGUAAAGAGUCACUGUGAUCUGACUGGUAAUCAUAACAUAAAAAUGCCUAAAGCAUUUAGAAAGAAAAAGAAGUUCAUCAACAAGAAAGAAGCCACUACUUAUCGUCUGAUCCCUGGAUACAUUGAAGAAGAUGACUCCAGUGAAGUGCUUUCUAAAGAAGAGCUUGAAGUCAGAAAAGAAGAAGAAAGAAAGUAUGGAAUUUUCUUUGAUGAUACCUACAAUUAUAUGAAACAUCUUAGAUCUUUGAAUGAACAAUCAACUCUUGUUAGUAGUGAGCAAUUUACAUUGGUACGAGAUGAUGAGUCUUUGAGCACUUGUGAUGUCCCAGUAUUUAAAGAAUUCUUAUCAUCUGAUGUAUCUGAAGAAAAAGAAAUUGAUUCUGAUGUGUUAGUUGCCUUAGAUACUGCACCAGUUGUCAGAUUUGAUGAUACAGAAAUAAUUGAGGAUGGUGAAUUUUUGGAUGAUGAUUUUAUUUCUAAAGCUGGUGGUGUGGUCUUUGAAGAAGUUCAUGCUUCUGACAGUGAUAAUAGUUUGUAUGAAAGUGAGUCUGAAAUAACUGAUGAUGAUGAUGACAGUGAAUGUAGUGAGUUACCAUCACAUGACAGAGGAACACUUCAAGAUGAGAUUGUUGAGGCUCAAACAGCUUUAAUAUUAAAAAAUUUUGAAGAAGGACUUGGCUUUCGAUGUUCUAACCAGUCUGAUGAUGAAACAGAACAUGUCACAGCAGAAGAUUAUGAAAAUCUCAAACAAAUUUUGAAUCAAGACAAAAGUUCAGAAAAAGAAACAUCUUGGGUAGAAGUACUAGACAACAAAGAAGAAAGAGUGAAAAUUGACACAUCACGUUAUCAAUAUGAUGAUGUGGACGAGUUUGAAUGGAAAGAAAUCUCAGCCCCCAAAGUCAAGUUUGAUUGUGUGAGCAUUCUAAGUUUAAAUUCAAACACUCGAAAUUUACCAACUGAUUUAAUUCCACCUAAAGUAAAAACCAAGAAACCAAGUUCAGUUAGUGACAGUGAAAGAAGCCAACAGGGUUUGUCUCUCAAACAGUUGGAAAAGGAAAUACAUCAAAGUAGGAACACAGACAAAGCAAGUACAUUUCGGCCUAAAGAUGAAACUAAAGAAGAAAGGAAGGCCAGGAAAAAAGUGUUAAAAGAAGAAAGAAAAGACAGAAGACAGGAAAAGAAAGCCAACAAAGAAGUGUUUUCUCUAGAAAAUGAAAAGAUGAAAAAAGAAACUGCUGCACUGCACAAAGCAGUCAAAAGUGUCAAAAUUUGUUAAUAAAAAAAUAUCUAAACUAA